AUGGUCGAGGCAGCGAUUUCAGAAAGUAUGCCUGAAUCAGUCGAGGCAGGCAGUGCCAAAGCAGCUGGAAAGCGUCGCUGGGUGGACGAAGACCCCGAGGUAAAUCCCGAUACAGACUCCGAUGAAGUCUCAAUAAAAUCCACAAAAUCCUUUGAAGCCCAAAACAUAGAAUAUGUGCUGGAGAAUGGCCGCCGGUACUGCAAUGACACAUACUUCAUGCCUAAUGACGAGGCCGAACAAACCCGUUUAAAUAUCACCCACCAAGUGUGCCUCAUCCUACUCGAUGGAAACCUCACAAAUGUGCCCCUCGCCAAGAAGACACCCCGGAUCCUAGACAUUGGCACAGGGCCGGGCGACUGGGCCAUUGAAAUGAGUGGUGCCUACCCCGGUGCCACGAUUAUCGCAACCGACAUUGGUGUAUUCGAUGGCGGUCUCGGUAGCACCAUCGACCUCCCAAACGUGAGCUUCCAGCUUGACGACGCGCGAGACGAAUGGACAUAUCACGAGCCAUUCGACCUGAUCCAUCUCCGCGGCCUAGCAGGGGCAUUCUCCGACUGGACCUCCAUCUAUAAACAAGCCUUCCGCCAUCUUACCCCGGGUGGGUAUAUCGAGAUCACUGACGCUGACCCAGCAGCGGAUUCAAUUACCUUCCCGGACUCGGACGACUCUUACCUUGGCAUCUAUGCGUCUGCUAUGCGUUCCGCCGCUGAGGCCACAGGACACCCACGCGAUUUGUGCCAUCUUGUCCCUGACGUCCUCACAAAGGCGGGGUUUAGUGAUGUCCGCGUUAUAGAGCGCACGAUCCCAGUGGGGUUGUGGCCCGAAGGGCCCCGCGAAAAAACUCUAGGGAAAAUGGCCCUGAUUGCCCUCCUUGAGGGCUUAGAGGCGUACAGUAUGAGACACCUUACCAUGAUGGGGAACUGGACGGAAGGCGGCAUCCGGGACCUCUGUGAGAAGGUGAAAAUGGAACUAUUAGCCACCAGGAGGAUGACAUGCCGCAUGAAAACGGUGACGGCGCGCAAACCGUUUUCGAGGCCAAAUAUGCGCAAGAAUGGUAUGCUUCAGAAGUUGAAGCAACUCGAUGAUGAAAUGAAAGAGAAUCCAGACUCUGUUUGA